AUUUGCUACCCCCACUGUGGCGCUGCAAUUUAAAUGUUGUAGGAGCCAACAAGAGCUCAGGCAGCCUGGCUCUUACUACAUUUAAAAUGCAAAGCUGCAGCAGGGUUAGCUCCCGGGGGGCAGGCCAAGCCAUGACUAAGCAGCCCCAACUCAUGCUGGCUCUGGGACCACUCUGCCUCCCAUUGUUCCCCUCUUGGCACAGCAGAGACAGUGCUGGGGGUACCUGGCUUUUAAGCUGGCUCCCGCUUCUCCCCUUGCUACCUAUGAUACAGUGGCAGCGAGGUGGUGGGGGAGCCAGUAGUCAAGUUAGGCUUAUCAGGUAGUCAACUACUCAAGUAGUUGCUUAUAUCCCUACCCAAUAGUACAUCCAGCCAAGUCAAAUUCCUGGGGGAGACUUGUCCUAUGCCCGUCACAGUACAAUGCUCUCAGUAUUUGCAGCAUUUUAUGUACUAAUAAGCUUUAAUAGCCACUAUAGACCAAAUUCAUAACUAACCUAGACAGUUGCAGGUCUACUGUGGUUUACCCACUUACACAAAAGAGUUGUGUCCUUGAUUGUUAAAGAGGAACCAAAUCCUACUAGUUUACUCAGGUAAACUUCCUCUAUCAAUAAUUAGCUCCUGAUGAGGUAUGGGGAACGUGUGAAAGAUAAGAGGAAUUUGUUCAGAGGGGCAACAAUUACUUUCUACAGCAACUCUUUGAGGUUUCAAGAAUACUGAAACCUUUGGAACAUUUUCACCAAAGGGAGUUGUGCCUAAACGCCUGUUACCCACUUGUAACCCGAGCACCUGGGAUGGGGGAAAGCCAGUUUCCAGUGCCUCCUCUAUCUUCUUCAGGGUAACAUGGUAUGAAGGAGGAGCAAGGACUUGAACCGCCCAAGGUUGGAGCCCCGAUCAUCAAGCCACAGAAGGUGGAAAUCCUCGAUUGGAAGACAAAGCAACAGCUGUGCUUUCUGGAUAAGGUGGAACCACAUGCUACAAUUAGUGACAUCAGAUUGAUGUUCCAUAAAUCCUAUCCACACUGGUAUCCAGCUAGGCAGUCCAUAAGACUUGAUCCCAAGGGAAAAUCCUUGAGAGAUGAGGAAAUCCUGCAACAUCUCCCAGUUGGCACAACCGCUACACUGUAUUUUAAAGAUUUAGGGCCACAAAUAGGAUGGACGAUGGUAUUUUUGACAGAAUAUGCGGGUCCAUUGUUCAUCUAUUUUCUGUUUUAUUUCCGCAUGCCUUUUGUCUAUGGCCUGAAUGACAAGCUUACAUCAAGCCCCCAUCCAGUAGUUAACUUGGCAUGUAUCUGCCAUUCUUUCCACUACAUCAAAAGGUUGAUUGAAACAAUAUUUGUUCAUCGGUUCUCCCAUGGGACUAUGCCACUGAGGAAUAUUAUUAAGAACUGCUUCUAUUACUGGGGAUUUGCAGCUUGGCUUGCUUAUUACAUCAAUCAUCCUCUUUAUACACCUCCUUCCUAUGGACAAAACCAGAUAAAUUUUGCCGUGAUCAUGUUUCUGAUAUGUGAAGCUGGAAAUUUCUCUAUCCACAUUACACUAAGUGACCUGAGAAGACAUGGAUCCAAGAUCCGUAAGAUCCCUUAUCCAACAAAGAAUCCUUUCACGUGGCUGUUUUUCUUUGUAUCCUGUCCUAACUAUACAUACGAGGUGGGGGCAUGGAUCAGCUUCACCAUCAUGACUCAGUGUGUCCCCGUGGGAUUGUUCACAUUGCUUUGCUUCAUUCAGAUGACAGUUUGGGCAAAGGAUAAACACUACACCUACGUACGAGAAUUCAAGGAUUACCCAAGUAUUAGGAUGGCAAUUAUUCCUUUCUUAUUGUAAGAAGAAUGAACUACUUGAGUGGAACUACAG